AUGGUGGCGGUGGUGGCAGUGCUUGUGAUGGAUGAGGUGGUGGUUGUCGCGGAAAAAGUGUCGCUUGUGAAGGUGAUAAUGGUAGUGGUGGCAGAGGGAUUUGGUGGUAGUGACAAGGGUAAUAGUGGUGGCCACAGUAGUAAUGGUAUAGGUGGUGGUGGAGACGAUGGUCUUGGAGGCGGCGGUAGUGACAACGAUGUUGUUGCUAGUUGUGGUAGCAGAAGGGGUAGAGGUGGCACAAACGGUGUUGGAAGCGGUGGAGGGAUGGAGGUGGUGGUCGUUUUGGAGGUGAUCGAGGCAGAGGUGAUGGUCUUCGAGGACGGAUGUAGUUGUGGAAGAGGUAUUAGGGGAGGAGGUGGCAUAAGUAGUGGUAAUAGGGAUGUAGGGGAUGAAGAUGGAAGUAGAAGUGGUGGUGGUGGUGAUGGUCAUGAAGGUUGUGGUGAUGGCGACAGAUGUGAUGGCAGUGAUGGUCGUGAAGGGGGUGAUGUUGGUGAGGCGUUGGAGGGGGUGGAGGAAAAAGGGUUAAGGGUGAAAUAUAAUAUGACGCUUUUAGACGACGGUCAUAAAUAA